AAGCGCCGAGGAGCCGGACUUUGAGGCCCGGUGCAAAAAAAGACUGCUAGAACAAUGCUGAAGCAAUUGCAGAUGGGGAUGAGAGGUUUUCUCUUGUUGGCCGCCCGUGUGUGGACCUGCAUUUGCUUUCUACUGAAGAAGCAGGUUAGAGCCAUCUCGCAGAUGCAACCGAUUAAAUAUGAAAUCUUCCCCUUAUCUCCGCUAUCCAGGCACAGACUGAGUAUUGUAAAAAGAAAAAUUCUUGUGUUGGAUUUGGACGAAACGCUCAUUCAUUCUCAUCACGACGGAGUUGCGAGGCCUACGGUCAGACCCGGCACUCCUCCUGACUUUAUUCUUAAAGUGACGAUAGACCGACAUCCGGUUAGAUUUUACGUUCAUAAAAGACCUCACGUAGAUUUUUUUUUAGAUAUUGUUAGUCAAUGGUACGAACUCGUUGUGUUUACGGCUUCGAUGGAAAUUUAUGGUGCUGCCGUUGCUGAUAAAUUAGAUGACAACAGGGGAAUACUGCGGCGCAGGUACUACAGGCAGCAUUGCACGCCUGAAAUGGGUUCCUAUACAAAGGAUUUGGCUGCUAUUUGUUCUGAUUUAGCAUCGGUCUUUAUACUGGAUAAUAGCCCUGGUGCUUACCGAGCUUAUCCUCAUAACGCAAUACCUAUAAAGUCGUGGUUCAGCGAUCCAGCUGACAUCGCACUUCUAAGCUUACUUCCAGUGCUCGAUGCUCUUCGUUUCACGCAAGACGUUCGUUCGGUACUAUCGAGAAAUCUACAUUUGCAUCACACUUGGUAGCACAAUCCUAGUACAAUGUUUAUAAAGAGCGAGGGAGAAGUGAUACAUUAAGAAAGUGCUGCUUGUUCGGCCCACACAAAAGUCCUAUCAGCGGGCGCGCGUGUUACAGAAUCGUCUGAGAAUACGUGCGAUUGUCUGAUUGUCGACGGAUGAACUCGAUCCCUAACUGCAAUGCCACUACACCUCAGCACAAAACAUCCUGAAAGAUAUUUUCUCUCUCAAAGCAUAUAUUGAGUCAAGACACGAAAUCAGCCAUCUAAAUUACUUCACAAAUGUAUUAGCCAAAGAUUCGAGUUAUUUUCUUUGGAAUGCUAUAUGGAGCGUCAUUUCUUUGUCUUAUCGUGACUCGCCAAAUGUAUAUUUUUGUGUAUGUUUUAGAUCCUGAGUAUAAUUUUGUUUGUCUCUUUUUACUACGUAGAAUUAUUGUAGGAAGCACACGAGCGAGAGACUGUAAUCUCUAAGUACAAUGCUUUUAUAACGAUUGUACAUUGUUUGAUCUAGGAUGGCUAAAUGAGUUGCUGUAACUCACUGUAUCAGUGAGGCAGCUAUUUUGAUUAUAUUGUAAUCUAAAAAGAAUAUUAAUACAUCUAAUAAAAAUAAUUAUUCAAUCUGAGAAAAUAUUUGAUUCGAUUGGAUAUUGAUUAUGAAAAUAAUUAGUUUACACCUUGUUCAUGUGGCAAAUGCACAUGCGCUAUUAUACUCUAAUAUAAUAAUAGUAAUUAUUGCAUGAAAUGUAAAUACCGAAGUAUAAACUGUAGAGUAUGUAUGUUUGAUUCAGUUAUUACUGAUUAAAUUUCAUAAUUAACCUAAGCUGUUAUGAUUGGAUACUAUACACGUAUGUAUGCAUGUAUGUAUGUGAAUUACAUUUGCAAACGAGCAUACUUGGAUGCGUUGGUACACAUGAAUAGUGCGAGCAAAAAUAAACAUUUAAUUAGCUAUUUACUUUUGUUUCAAGAUAUUCAGCGUGUACACGUUCAUUGGAUAAAAUUCCUUAUUGUUUAUUGUUAGAGAUCAAUUAUAUA